AUGACAAGAGUGGUGGCUGAAUACCUGCAAGAAAGAACCCAAUCGCAGCCCGAGAACCCCUUUGCGACUCUCAUCCCCGACCAGCAAAUAGCCAUUGUUCCGGAAUUUACACUCGAAUCUGGAGUCACGCUAUUCAAUGUUCCCGUGGCAUACACCACCCGCGGCCGGCUCUCGCCUUCUGGUGACAACGCCAUGGUGAUUUGCCAUGCCCUAACCGGCAGUGCUGAUGUGAGCGACUGGUGGGGUCCCCUGCUGGGUGGUCCAGGUAGGGCUUUUGAUACCUCGAGGUUCUUCAUCGUGUGCAUGAACAGCUUGGGUAGCCCCUACGGCACAGCAAGCCCCGUCACGGCCAAGGAUGGCGACCCCAAGAAUGAUCGCUAUGGGCCCGAGUUUCCUCUCACGACAAUUCGAGAUGACGUGAAGUAA